CUGUGGGUAUUUAUUUAUUUUUGAAUAAAAGCAACCACACGUCAUGGACCUCGUUGGAUUGCUGAAGUCUCAGUUCCUGUGCCACCUCGUCUUCUGUUAUGUGUUUAUUGCCUCGGGGUUAAUAAUCAACAGCAUUCAGCUCUGCACUCUCGUUCUCUGGCCAAUUAACAAGCAGCUCUUCAGGAGAAUCAACUGCAGACUGUCCUACUGCAUCUCAAGCCAGCUGGUGAUGCUGCUGGAGUGGUGGUCGGGCACCGAGUGCAUCAUCUACACGGACCCGCGGGCCUACCCCAAGUACGGAAAGGAAAAUGCCAUCGUGGUUCUGAACCACAAGUUUGAAAUUGACUUCCUCUGCGGCUGGAGCCUGGCCGAACGCCUCGGGCUCCUAGGGGGCUCCAAAGUCCUGGCCAAGAAGGAGCUGGCUUACGUCCCCAUCAUUGGCUGGAUGUGGUACUUCACGGAGAUGGUCUUCUGCACACGCAAGUGGGAGCAAGAUCGCAAGACAGUCGCCACGAGCCUGCUGCACCUCCGAGACUACCCUGAGAAGUACCUUUUCCUGAUCCACUGUGAGGGUACACGGUUCACGGAGAAGAAGCACCAGAUCAGCAUGCAGGUGGCCCAAGCCAAGGGGCUGCCCAGCCUCAAGCACCACCUGCUGCCGCGCACCAAGGGCUUCGGUGUCACCGUGAGGAGUUUGAGAAAUGUAGUUUCAGCUGUAUAUGACUGUACACUCAAUUUCAGAAAUAACGAAAAUCCAACACUGCUGGGAGUCCUAAACGGAAAGAAAUACCAUGCAGACAUGUAUGUUAGGCGGAUUCCACUGGAAGACAUCCCAGAAGAUGAAGACAAGUGUUCAGCCUGGCUCCACAAACUCUACCAGGAGAAGGACGCCUUUCAGGAGGAGUACUACAGGACGGGCACCUUCCCCGAGACCCCCCUGGUGCCCCCGCGGCGGCCCUGGACCCUGGUGAACUGGCUGUUCUGGGCCUCGCUGCUGCUGUACCCCUUCUUCCAGUUCCUGGUCAGCAUGGUGAGCAGCGGCUCCUCCCUGACGCUGGCCAGCUUCGUCCUCGUCUUCUUCGUGGCUUCCGUGGGAGUUCGAUGGAUGAUUGGUGUGACAGAGAUCGACAAGGGCUCUGCCUACGGCAACAUCGACAGCAAGCAAAGGCACAGUGACUGACUCGGGGAUGUGUCGCCAUCCAAAGGGAACCU